GAAGAGCUUCAGCAUUGCGUGAGCACUGAGCUGCCCUCGGGUCCGGUCCCUUUCGUUCCUUUGUAGCUCCUCUCCUUCAUACAUAAGAUUUCUAGAGGCACAAGACGCAACUGCUAGCCGCGAAUCGCCACUCGCGAUUUUCCUUGUAGGAUGAUUGAGCCGAUAGAGUUCCAUUGCGAGGGUCGUUAGUAGUUAAUCUACCAUGCCGCCGUCGCAACACCAUCACACAACUAGCCACCAAUCUUACCGUCUCGUACAUCAUGACGAGCCGCCACUUGUCACCAGCAGCGCAGUCGUCGCCGACUCCAGCCACGCAAGCAGCACGAGCCACGUCAGCAGUGCCAUCCACGUCAGUAACGCGAGCCACGUCAGCAGCACGAGCCACGUCAGCACAACAAUUCCCGUCCGGUCGCCCGUUGUGUGCAUUCAAUCCAUCGCUGCUGUCGCUUUACUCCUCCUCGUCUCCUACGCAACCAGCGGCGGCAACGACUCACUGCAGCCCGCCACAGGCGGCGGAUUAACUGGCGGAAUAGGCCGCGGCACAGGCGGCAGAAUAGACGGAGGAAUAGACGGCGGAAUGGACGGAAUGGACGGCCGAGUGCCAACGACAGAACAUGCGGAAUCAGGAAAACCGUCAGCUGCGAGACAGCCCCCGCUGCCUGCAGCCAAGUGGCCGUCUGAAAAGGGGAAGCAGCGUCAACAAGAUCAGCAGGAUCAGCAGAGUCAGAAGAUUCAGGAGGGUCAGGGGGGAGAGGGACGAGAAGGUCAAGGACAGCAAGAUGAGCAUACUGCUAUGCAGGAGGGUCGACAGGGGCAAACGGGUCAACAACAGGUGCAGCAGAAAGCGGCCCCAACUGAUCCCAGGACGAACGACAAGCGAGCUCCAGUUAACAAAGCCCGCCAAAAAGCCGCACUGAUUCCCGGCUCGUCCAUCGUGUCUCCUCAGUCUCUUAAAGCCUUCAAGGCGCGCCACGCGUGCCUGGCGAGUCACGGCGCAUGGCGCCUCGACCCCGCGCCGCGGCUGCUCCCCUGGACGCCGUCGGAUCGCUGGGGCGGGUGGCAGUGCGACGCGGCGUGGACGGUGGAUGCAGAGCACACAGGCCACGUGGCACGUGGGGAAGCGGAUCAGGUGGUGCUACAGGGGCGGCCCGCAGGGGAUUGGCGGGUGAGGCAAGAGGCGAAGUAUAGGUGGCUACCGCAUAAAAAGUGCGGAAAGUGGGAGGAGUUGGAGGGGAGAAAGAUAGUAGAAUUGCUUGAAGGGAGGAGGAUGCUCAUAGUGGGUGACUCUAUAAGUGGGAUGUCCUUUUUCUCCCUGAGGAACCACCUAAUGCAGCAGCAGACUGCCUCAACAGCAGCCAUGGAAGGUCCUGGGAAGUUUCCGACUGAAGAUUUGGUUCCUGAGUAUUGCAAGGGGAGGACUAAGAACGCUGAGCUGGCGAAACGACCGAAGCUGAUGACAUGCGCGGAAAUUAAGGCGGGAAAUGCGUCCAUUGUGCACAUAAGAGACGAUGUUCUUAGCACGGGAACUGAUCCCGUAGUUAUUUUUCCUGGGCAGGUUUCCAUACCCUGGUUUGACCAGAUUCAGCCAGGUACAGGAACAUCCAUUCUUGUGAUAAACCGUGGGGCGCACUAUAGAGGGGACAGCCAGUUCAUCCCUCAGCUAAACAAGACUCUUAGUAUAGUGCGAGCAGCUGCUCCUGAUCUGCUCAUUAUCUACCGCAGCACCCCACCCGGUCAUGCCCACUGUGACCGGCUAAAGACGCCUCUUAGAAAGCGGCAGAACCCGAUGAAACUGCCCUAUCAUUGGGGUGAUUUCGGAGCUCAAAAUGCCGUGGCUAAGCAGCUGGUGGAGGGAGUGGGAGGGGUAUUUCUGGAUGUAGACCCGAUGACGGUGCUGAGACCAGAUGGGCACCUGGAUCCGCCCAGGGAUUGCUUGCACUACUGCCUGCCAGGGCCGCCGGAUGAGUGGAUCAGACUGCUGUAUCACAUGCUGAAGGACCUUCUUUGACUGGUCUGAAGCUUGACACGAGUGCAAUCCAUGUCAUGCUGAUGGACAUUUGGACCGGAGCUUCCCAAUGACUACUUCCACAACAUCCUGCCUAGCCCACCGAAUGAGUGGACGAAGUGUCGUACUAGUACGAUGGAGUGUCUGUUAACCAUAUUUUGUAUAUGUCUUAUAAGCUAGAGAGGUACGUACUCUUAGAGGGUACGUCUCAAAGUUAGAAGUGUUGACUAGAAUGAGAGUAUACAGGGGUAUAUAGUUAGUGGGUUGAACUCUAUGGCAAGACCCUAUGUAGUCUACUAAACAUACACAAAUAUGUUUGAUAGUACUGUCAACUUAUACAUAUAUUGUUA